AUGUACAGUGUACAAUCAGAAAUUCCUACACUUGCAAAGAAACUAGAAAGCAGCUUCCACAUGGAAAUGAUUCAGUUGAUAGAAACUGAGAUGGUUCAGUUAUUGGAUUUAAAAUACAAAGACAUAUCAGCAGUUAUUAUGAAUAAGUUUAAAGUCUUGAUGGAAAAUAUGGACUUAAUGGUUGUAGAGUUAAGGGAAUCUCUUAAAAAUGAACUAAAGGAAAUUUUAGGAGUAAAAAGUACAAUGCUUGAACUGAAAAAUCCAAAGAACCCCAGUACCAGAAAAGAGUGGCAACAAAUAAAAGAUAUCACAUCGAUAAAAACAGGGUUGGUAGAGAAAAUAGAAGGAGAAAACUAUAUUGAGGAUAUUGAAAAUUUGACUUUUAAAAGAAGUGAAAUAGUUAAACUCAGUAGCAAAUUAGACCAAAGUGAAGACUACAAUACUAACCAAGGUAAGGAAUUGUCCCUGGAUGAUUCAGAAAAUCACAAAGUUAAAGAAAUAUUUAGUAAGCAAUGGAGUAAUGUCUUCAAUAUUCUGAGGGAAAAUGAUUUUGAACCAAAAAUUUUUUAUGCCAUUAAGUUAGCGUUUAAAUGUGAUGGUGAAAUCAGGACUUUUUCAGACAUGCAAAGCCUCAGGAAAUUUAUCAGCCAAAAAUCUUUUAUGAAAGAAUUACUGAAAGGGGCUCUCCCAGAAAAUGAAAACAGGAAGAAAGGAGGAAGAAGAUAUGGGAUUCAAGAAAAAAUGAACAAAACUCUAAUAGCGUCAAAGUAUGAAGCUGUGGCAGCAACCAGUGAUGGCCUGAGCUUUCUGUUUAUUGAAGAGGUAAAGGUUGCUGAGGCAGAGGAAGUGAAAAGCUUAGAGGCUCACGAGGAAGAGGCUUCAGAGUCUCAGGACGAAGAGGCCUGCGAGCUAGAAGAGGAAGAAAAAGAGGAAGACUUGGAGGAACAUGAGGAAGAGGCUUCAGAGACUCAGGACAAAGAAGCCCUGGAGGAAGAAGAGGCCUGCGAGUUAGAAGAGGAAGAAAAAGAGGAAGACUUGGAGGAGGGAGAAGAGACUUCAGGGCUGAAGCAAGAGGCUUCUGAGUUGGAGGAAGGAGAGAACUCGGAGCUAGGGGAGGAGGAAGAGGUUUCAGAGUUGGAGCAAGGGGCAGAGUAUUCAGGACCGGAGGAAGAAACGGCCUCAGAAUUAUGUAACCAACAGAACUUUCACUAUCAUAGCCUGGCACAUGGAGCUGAAAGUGAGGAGUUGGAUAGUAUUUUAACUGAAGAGACAGAAUGUUAUGAGCUACAGGAGGGAGAAAGCUCCGAGUGGGAAAGCGAACGGUACUCACCGUGGCCAGAAGGAGAGGACUCGGAGGCAGAAGAGACUACCUCCCAGACUGAGGAAAAAGAACUUUCCUGUACUCAUUUGGCUUCAGAUUCUGAGAAGAAAAAAUUGGUGAAAUGUAAGCUAACAUCUAAGGAAACAGACUUAUUACAAGAAACGGAAGAGAACUUUCGGAGAAGUGUAAUUAAUUCACUCAGAGAGAUACAAGAAGAGAUUGGAGAUAUUAAAAAUUACCAUCCUGGAAAUAAAAAGCUAUCUACACUGAGUGUUAGAAUAGACAUACUUAAAGAGAAAGUAAAUCAUCUAGAAGAUCGAAUUGAAGAGUUCUCUAAGGAUACAAGGCAAAUGGCCAAACAGAUAAUAAUUAAAGAAAGAAUAAGAGAGGUAGAGGAUAGAUCCAGAAGCUCAAACAUCCGUUUGAUAGGCAUUCCAGAAAAAGUUAAUAAAGAGAAUGGAGCAGAGGAAAUAGUUAAGGAAAUAAUUGAAGAAAACUUUGCAGAGCUAAAGAAAAGGUCAAGUCUGGACAUUGUCAGUGCCUUUCGAAUACCCAGUAAAAUUGAUAAAAAGAGAACCACUCCUAGACACAUCUUGGUGAAAUUUGGGAGUUACAGUGAUAGAGAAAAAAUCACAGCCGCUUCCAGAGAGAAAAAACAGGUAACCUACAGAGGAAUAAGAAUCAGAAUGACCGCAGACUUAUCAUUGGAUACUCUGGAUGCUAGAAGUCAGUGGGGCAGUAUCAUAAGAUGUCUGGAGGCUAAAGGCUUUAAACCUAGAAUCUUAUAUCCAGCCAAAUUGGCAUUUGAUUUUGAGGGUAAAACAAAGGUAUUUUUUUAUAUUGAAGAAUUCAGAAAGUUUAUUUCUUGCAUACCCUCUUUGAAAGAAUCACUGGAGAAUAUAUUUUAG